AUGAGUUCAAGCACUGAGUAUAAUGAUAUAGAUGAGCAGUUGUUACACGAAAAUUUUAGCGUCGUAGAGUUCUCAAAUGAUUUAUUAACAACAGUCUCUUCUAAUGAUAGUUUAUUCUUUCAAUUACCAUUGAAGAAGAUGAAUUAUGAAUUGGAGGAAAUCGAAAAAAGAAUAGAAAAGUUGAUCAAAACAUAUUCAAUGGAUUUGGUUAAUCAAUUCUAUAAGAAGAAAAAUGUCAAUUCUGUUAUGCAGAAGGAAUUGCAUUCCAUUUUACAUUAUUUAAAUAUAUCUUACAAUAGAUUGAAUGAUGAUAUUAUAUUGAAAUAUGACAAAAUUAAAAAAUUACAAAAUAUAUUGAACAAGAUUCAUCAAACUUCAAAUCUUCUAAGGGAUUCAAUGAUUUUUCUACAUUUAGUUAAUAAAAUGAUGAAAAUUAAAUUGAAUAUGAAUAAUAUUUUAGAAUUAUCAAUUUUACAAUCACAAUUAAAUUAUAUUUUAUCAAAUAAUUUAAAUUUAAUCACUUUGAAACUAAUUAAAAAGUUGAAAAAUGAUAUCUUAGUUAAAAAUGAAAAAGAGUUAGUAUCUUUCACGUCAAUAAACAUCAUUAAAAUGUUCAAUGCAGAUUCCACAACAGAAGUUGAUUAUUCAAGAAACUCAGAAUUAGCAAUUUUAAUUCAUUCCUUAGGUCUCAUAUCAAAAAAUGACUUUGUUUCAAAUAUUAAUAAAAUACUCAACGUUAUAAUAUUAUCAACAAGCCAAUCCUUGUCUAAAUCAAUAAACUCAAUUAAAAUCUUACCAUCUCUAUUUGAUAAUACUAUUUUACCAAAUGCAACAAAAAUAUAUCAAUUGGAAAACUUAUUGAAAUCCAUACAACUAGAAAAUGAGAAUGGUACAUUUUUCACAGAAUUCAUAAAUUUACAGAGAUCCAAACCAUUACAAUCAUCGUCAUCAAUUGCAUUACGUAAAGCCAAUAAAUCAUUGUUAGACAUAUAUUGGUCUUCAGUGUCAUCUUUGUAUAAAAAGGAUUUUGAAAUUACUAUUAACAGAGGUGGUCCAGUUGGUAAGUCUCUGAUAACGAACAAAAGUUUCAUUAUAGAUACAUUUAAGGAUAAAUUGUCCACUGAAAUCACAAUUGAUAAAUCUGAAUCUGUCAAUUUCAGCAAUUACAUUGAAGUAAUGUCCAAUUCAAUUGUAAUUUUAUCAAAAAAGAACUAA